UGAGGCACUUCAUGGACUCUGCAGGUAGAGUUUGGACAAGUUAGCUAACGCUAGCUAAAGAAACUUCAUGGCGUGUUGAACGGUUCAGCCACACUGAAAUAUUAUAUAGCUUUCUUUGGUAUCAUUAGCUAUAUAAAAAGAAUGUCAUUCUGGCUAGCUGGCGAUCUUUGAAGAGUUUCCGACAUUUCCAUGAGAGGCUAGUCAAAUAGCUAACACUAGCUAGCAUAUCUCGUGCUAGCAGCAACAACACUGUUUAGCAGGUAGCCAGAGAUGCCAUUAACUUAACCAAACCAGCCAUACUGUUUCCGAGUAUAACAUAAACCUUCGUGCAUUUUCGGCUUAUGCGAUUACGACGGUGAAUGAGAAGCUAAUGAACUAAAUGUCAACCGUCUUUCCUAGCUAAGCUAGGCUGACUACAUCGGGCGAACGUCCUCUCUACAUGAACAAAGCAUUUCGACAUUUGCUCGCUAAAGAGGACGUCCAACGAUGUCGACGGUGUCUCAUGGCUUUAAAAGCAGCAAGCAAGACUUCGCGUUUGGACCCUGGAAAGUCACUGCGGCAAAAACCCAUAUUAUGAAGUCUAAGGAUAUCGAGCGGUUAGCAGAGGAGAUGCACAUGCCUUCACUCCCAGAGAUGCUUUUUGGAGACAACGUGCUGCGCAUUCAACAUGCUCGGGGCUUUGGCAUCGAAUUCAACGCAGUUGAUGCUCUCAAACGUGUCAACAACAUGCGGGACACAGUGAAAGUGGCCUGUGCACAGGAGUGGCAGGAAAGCAGAGCUGAUUCUGAGCACUCUAAGGAGGUGGUGAAGCGUUAUGACUGGACAUACACAACAGAUUACAGAGGAACAUUGCUUGGUGAAGAUCUGCAGAUAAAAGUGUCCCCUACAACAGAGCGGAUAGACUUGGAGAAGCUGAAAGCUCGGGAGCAGAUCAUGUUUUUUGAGGAUGUACUGCUGUUUGAGGACGAACUCCAUGAUCACGGUGUAUCCAUGAUUAGUGUGAAAAUCAGAGUCAUGCCUACCAGCUUCUUUGUGCUGCUGCGCUUCUUCCUGCGAGUGGACGGUGUGCUGAUCCGCAUCAAUGACACGCGACUCUAUCACGAGGCUGGCCAGGACUACAUGUUGAGGGAGUUCAGCACACGAGAAAGCAAAGUGUCAGCUCUUCAGCAUGUUCCUCCUGCCCUGUACACAGACCCCAAUGAGAUUGCUCAGCACUUACCGCUGAAGCUCAUGGAGUGUGAGAAGCUCGAGCUUCCUGAUUACGAGCCACCAUCCAAGCCUACCAGCACACCACAGUGACACGCACGGGCUAUGCCCAUCAAACACCAGAGUAGGAGUACUGAACUAAGAUCAGCUUUCACCUUUCUCAUGUCACUGCGUGCAAUUGUAUGAGUGGUGGCUGCUGGACCCGGAUCAGAUUCUUGCUUUGAAACGUUUGACGCAUGUGAGCCCAGGCCCGGGGCUGUGAGGGGACGUCCUGGAGUGCAGGCCUCAGCAUGCACCCAGCGCACGCUGAAGACUUUUAUAAUGAAAUAAAAACAGCUCGUCUCAAUCCGUGACACUGUUACUGGAAGAUUGCUAAGGUUUUAGAUGACAGUACCAAUGGAGGAGUUGUACUGUCAUACACAAUGUCAUACACAAAGUGUCACAGGUUGAGUAGCAGUGAUUCUGUAUUUUCCUAAAAACUAGAAGGUAGGGAGCAAUUUUGUUGAUGCCAGUUGUGUUUAGGGAUUAUUGAUUACUUGUCUGGGUUGUCAUUGAAAGUAAGACAGCAGAAUGAUGUUUGACAUUAAAAUAUGUGCUUGUAAA